AUGUUUCAAGUCAAGCUCCUGUGUAAACUGCAGUCGGCGCCAGCGUGGUGCUGCUGGCGCAGCGCUACGCAAGCCGAUCGGAAACCGGUCGCGACCGGUGUUUCUGUGAGCCGCUCCCGGGAGCGCUUUCUGGAUUCAGCUCGUGCGUCGCAAGCGCCUCUGACCGGCUGGCAUGCCAGACGAUGGCGUUUCGCCUGCGGCACGCGUGAGCGCGACGACGCCUCAGGGCGCUCGCUCCCCGGUCUAACGCAGACUCUAUACAUGCAGGACAAGUCCCUGCAACAGCGAGUCCAUAGCGGGGCGUUUUCCAGCCCAACAAGUUACUACGGCUCGCUCGCGCACGCUAAAGAUACCCGGCUAGCCCUUCGCUUGCUCGGUGCGCUCUUGGCCCUGGGAACGCUCGCGUUUGUGUUUCCCCGAUGGUUCCUGUUUGCAAGUUCGGCCAGAGUUCGAUAUCCCUCCUUGGCUAUCAUUACGUUUGCGUUGGGGCUUUCCCUGGGCUCCUACGAGCUCGGAAAUAUCAAGCGAUUGCCGCUAACAAUCGCUAUGGCCACGCUUGGUCGCCUCUUACUGAUGCCGCUCGCCACGGCACUGCUGGUGUUCCCGCUCGGAAUCCAGCUCGACGCUGCGUCUGUUUCAUCGCUGUUGCUGAUCGCUGCCUCACCAAGCGGCUAUGCGACCUUGUGGAUUGCAGCACUGACGAACACAACGAUUCGCGAGCUCGCAGCGAUGAUGACAUUCAGCUCUGUGGCCGCAUCCGCGCUGACGAUUCCGCUGCUGCUGCUGAUCGCUGCGGCAGUUGCGCGAUUUCCCUCUUCCGUGGGUGUCGCUGAUUAUCUGGUAGCGAGCACCGGAGCCCCGGCGAUUCUCUGGUACGCUUCACUCUACGUCCUACUGGUUACGGUGCCGCUCUUGGCGGGCUGCGUUGGCGCCAUUUUCGCACCACCGGCACCGGUGGAUCGUCUACGUCGAGUCCUCCGUCCGGUGUCAUGGAUAAGCAUCGCCCUGCUGACCCUCGGAACGAUGGCAUCGUCUCGCACGGCACGCGUGAUGAGCGGCAGUCGAGGCGUAUUUGUGGCGUCGUUGCUCAUGUCACUGAUAGGGCUCCUGUUUGGUCUGAUUGGCGGACGCCUUGCCGGCCAUUCACCGAGAGUGCGUCGAACGUUCGCGUACGAGCUUGCCUUUCCGGGUCUGGCGGUUGCAGCGGCUACCGCGCCUGCGGAGACUACUGGUCUAGCGUGCGCUGCGACGCUUGCAGCGCAAAUUCUCCUGCUGCUCGGGAUGAAUGUUUACCAACAAUUCCGCAAAGGCUAUCUCGGCGAGUCCGUCAUAGACAUGCUCUCAAUACAGGCCUUUAGUCGUUCCAUCGAGUAA